AUGCGAGCCCUUGUGAUUAGAAGUGAAGAUUCGGCGCGGGUGAAUAAGCCGGUCGUCAUGGGGCUUCCGCGAGACUGCGCAGUGCUGAUUCCAGCGUACCCAGCCCCGAAUCUGGUGUGGCCGCCGCGGGUGCGCCGGGGCAUGCGCGAGGUGGUUAGCCGAGACGGCUUCUUGGUGUUCAUGGACCCUGGGCAUCUGGGUGAGACCUAUCGAAUGGAACUCGUCAUGUUCUAUUUCGGAGGCUGCUGGACGCUUGACAAGCCGUCGAGUGAGGUCAGGAUAAAGUUGAUGGUCCCACUGGGUCUCUACAAACAGACCCCCUUCAAUGCUGGUCGAGCCCAAAAGUCGGGGGUGGGCGAGCAGGGCAGGCCUGCAAAAGGCGUGGGGAAGCCCUGCCCAUUGCCCUGUUCCCCUGUCACCAACGGACGACAUUCGCCCCUCAUGAACUCGUCGAAGGAGGACUUUGCAGAUCCGGGGCGCCGAGGUGAGCCAGCUAAUCGGGGGACCACCCGCGCCAUCGUCCACUAUGCCACGCCCAUCCCGCGUGCCCGCGGAUCCGACCCGCACCAGCCGAUGCAUGUCCUGCAGCUCUGGGCGAUACGCUACAGGUGCUACGUUGGUCUAGGCCUGUAUGUGGCCGAGCACAUUUAUCCAGUGGCAUCUGCCAUGGUGAUUUCUUCUGAUCCAUGGCCCGGUGAGAUCCUCGUGAUACAUGUGAUACGCUCUGUGCUGCAUAACAUCCAGUCCACAAAGAACGUAAUAAAAUUUCAGGAAGAUGGGCUCCCCGAGCAGGCGAUCUCGGGCCUGCAUGGCAUCUAUGACUUGAGACCCCAUACACACUGCGACAAGACGGCAUGGCAACUUGGUCAGCUGCAUGAGUUCUAUGUGCCUGCUGCUGUGGUCAUAGAAGACUUGCUCUGCUCGGACGCAACUGACAAGGGAUUCUGA